AUGCCUCGUGAGACGCACGUGUUGCGCUUCAAGGUGAUCACGGUGGAGUGUGCGGCCCUGCCAAAUGGCCAGCAAUACACCAUCAUGUACCACCGCGGCAACACGAACCGCUCCACCCCGUGCUACACCGCACAGAGUGGCGUGAUCAACUUCGCCAGUAUGCCGGAGGGCGCUGCCGUGGUGCACUUCAAGGCAGGCCACGGCGGCGGCCGUUUCGCUCCAAAGUACAUCCGUUUAAUGAUCGAGGAGUACACGCGCGGCAUGCCGCGCCGGCUGGUGGGGGAAACGGAGGCGGAUUGCACGCAGGUGUUGAAGGACUACGGAUCGUCCGGCUCAGGCAUCCUCACCGUUGUCUUCCGUCUCUAUGGCACCACCGCCAAGAUGAGGAUUGCGGUGCUCGUGUACCCAGAGCACGCCCCUCCUCUCUCCUUCGACGGGUUGAUCGACCCGAGCGAGGUGGCUGCGCCGCUUCCGCCGCAGGCGGUGAAGGUGAUGAACCGUGGGGAGGCCAUGAUGAUACUUAUGGGGCUAGAGACGUUGCUCGAGCGGCGGCGUAUGAUGAAGGUGGAGGGGCAGUGCUUGCCGCAGUCUCGUGAGGAGAAGAAGCUGGCGGAGCUCGAGAAGCGCCGCAAGGCCCUUGUGGGCUCGGAGGGUCUGGCGACAGAGGUGAUCAAAACCCGGUGCGAGGAAGUGGUGGCUGUGCAGUACAUCGCGCUUGCCCGGAAGCACCGCAACAACUUCAUUGGCCAGACCGCCGCCUACCUCCGCGAGAUGGCCAUAAGCUCUGGCGAGGACUUCAUCGGCGACGAGGGAGACAGCAGCGGCAACACGCUGAUGGAGCAGCUAAACCGGGUGAACCGCAGCAUUGAGGAGGUAGAGAUGCAGGUGAAGAAACUAGAGGAGGAGCAGAUGGCGCUCGGUCGCAUUCAGCAUAAGGUGGAUGUGAUGGGGGAGCUGACCGCGAACCUCGACAAGGUCGCUGCGCUUCAGCAGAAGAUGCAGGUGCUGAAGGAGUCCCGCACAGCACUGACGGAGGCCAUGAGUAAGCAGGCCGCGAAGAAGAACACCCCACUCGCCCGCGAGGUGGCUGCCAUCAAGGCUCGCAUUGCCGCGCUGAAUGCGGAGCAGCAGCAGAUAGCGCCAAAGAUCCAGCACAUGGUGGCAGUGGCGGCUUCGCACGCGGUGAAAUGGGCCCGCAGCAAGAACCCGCCGGAGUCGGAUAUCAAGAGCCACAUAGAUGCCUCGCGAGAAGCUGAUGGGAACGGCUGCAACGCCGUCGACGAUCUCUUCAGCGACGCCGGCAAACCGAAGAAGGCGAAGGAGAAGCCCGUCCUGAACGACGUGCAGCGCAAGCAGGUUGUGGAGGCGCUCAAAGACCUCGAAGCCAGCACCGCACCCAUCCCUACCCGCUCGUCCACCUCGGAGUCCUCCAGCUCCGGCCACCGCACCCCGCGUGACCUCUUCGCUGACGCGGGCCUGCCUACUAUGGGCGACUUCAGCACCACCAAGAGGAAGGAAGAGGAGGCAGCAACCAAGAAGAAGGGUGGCACCCCCACAAAGCCCGUCCGCGAGGACCCGCUGAAGCCCUCUGGUCUCGACGCAGACAUGUUUUCAGCGAAGCCGGCGCCGGCUGCCGCCUCUAACGUACAAGCGGGUUUGCCCUCGAUGAGCGAUUUCACGCGGCCUUCCACCUCGUUGAGGCAGCAGGACGCCCAGCCUACGUUUGACUUUGGGAGCAUCCUGCAGGCGAGCUCGGUCUCCCCACAGAUUGGCGGCGGCUUUGUGCUGGAGCCGCAGUCGUCCGUGGCAGCGACUUCGAGCUUCGCCGCCGCGGCACCUUCUGCUGUCAGGGGUGCCUACAACAAGAGAGACGACCCCUACUAUGAUGAGAUGGACGACUUCACGGUGUCAGCGGACGUCGCCGAAAAGCACUACGAUGCUGUAGAGAUCACCGGCGGCAUUUUCAGCUUUCAGGAUGACACGAGCCCGCCAGACUACGUGGCGUCACGUCCGACUUUUGACUUUGGCCCAAGCGGCGGUGGCGAUGACGGCCCGAGCGGGAUUGGGGUCACGGUUUCGCCAGCAGAGACCUUCUCCUUUGGCGGUGGGACCGCGGAUGAGUCGUCAACCAACAACCGCCAAAACAACUCCGACAACCCGUACACCGGCAUCACAAACCUGCCAACCUACAACUUCAGCAGCUGA